AUGAGCACCCCUGACAUCACCCUAUACACCGAUAACACUCCUAAUGGGCACAAGAUCCCCAUUAUUCUCGAGGAGCUCGGUCUCCCCUACAAGCUCGAGCAGGUCUCCAUCCAGACCGGCGAGCAGAAGAAAGAAUGGUUCCUCAAGAUUAACCCGAACGGGCAGAUACCCGCUCUGACUGACGGCAAGCAGCGUGUCUUCGAUAGCGGCGCCAUCCUGCUAUACCUGGCCGAUAAAUAUGACGCAGAGGGCAAGGUCAGCUAUAAGCCUGGAACGCCUGAGUAUUAUGAGCAGCUGAGCUGGAUCUUUUGGCAAAUUGGCGGCCUUGGACCGCAGGGUGGCGCCGCCCUCUCCUUCUCAACCUUUGCCCCCGUCCGCUCCGACUACGCGAUCGAAAAGUUCCUGAGUGGCUACAAGAACCUUCUCGGAGUUCUCGAGUACAGACUCGAGGAAUCGCCCUACUUGGCUGGAGAGAAGUAUACGAUCGCGGAUAUUGCAAGCUUCACAUGGGCGGCCCAGGGGGCGGCCGCGCUCGAUAUUGAUCUUGCCGAGUGGCCGCAUGUCAAGGCGUGGACUGACAAGAUUGUGCAGCGGGGCGCUGUCCAGAAGGGUCUUGUGACACCAAAGCCGCCGUUUGACUUGGAGCAAUUCAAGGUGAUAUUGCGCGGGCAGCGGGAGGCGCUUAUGAAGAAAGAGAACAGUGACAAGCAUUAG